UGUGGGGAUCCCUCCCAUCCCUCCCCUGUGGCUGAUCCCAUCGUUCCCUGGAUCAUUCCUGGAGUGUGGGGAUCCCUCCCAUCCCUCCCCCGUGGCUGAUCCCGGCGUUCCCGCAGCCUCCCGGGCCGACCCCGUGCGCGACAUCCGCUGCGAGUUCUGCGGGGAGUUCUUCGAGAACCGGAAAGGUCUCUCGAGCCACGCGCGCUCCCACCUGCGCCAGAUGGGGGUCACCGAGUGGUCCGUCAACGGCUCCCCCAUCGACACCCUCCGGGAGAUCCUCAGGAAGAAAUCCAAGCCCUGCCUCAUCAAGAAGGAGCCGCUGGCGCCCGGCCUGGAGCCCCCCAAGGCGCUGGGGGAGGACGGGAUGGAUCCCAAGGCGCCGGCGGCGCCGGGGGCCGGGAAGGUGCUGCCGGGGCUGUCCCUGUCCCCGCUGGGCGGGAGGCCGGGAAAGCCGGGGGGGACCCUGGCCUUGACCCCCCUGGGAUCCAAAAAUCCCGGAGCGUUCCUGGCUCCCAAGCGGCCGCUUCCCGACGACCGGCUGGGCCCCCACGGGGAAUCCAAGCACAAAGCCUUCGGCCCCCCCGAGCUGCCCUUCAAGGCCAAGGCUCUGCACGACAAGGCCUCCUCGGAGGCGUGCUGCGAGCUGUGUGGGCUGUACUUUGAGAACCGCAAGGCCCUGGCCAGCCACGCCCGCGCCCACCUGCGCCAGUUCGGGGUCACCGAGUGGUGCGUGAACGGCUCCCCCAUCGAGACCCUGCGCGAGUGGAUCCGGCACCGCCCGCACAAGGCCGGCGCCUACCGCAGCUACAUCCAGGGGGGGAGGCCCUUCUCCAAGAAAUUCCGCAACUCCGGCCACGCCCGGGAGCACCGGGGCGGCCCCCUGGCCCUGCAGCCCCCCGGG